UAAGGCAAAACGGUGUGUGAGUUUCAUCCAUUAGUGUUAUGGAUCACUAGAAUAAGUGAACGGGGCUCGCCGUGCCAUCACAGAGAGGCUAUAUUCCUUUUCAAAGUCUUGUCAAUAUGUCUUCAAAAUGAAGUUGAAGUUAUUAAUGCUGUGUCAAAUACACAUUUCUGCCCGGAGCUGAUCCAUUUCGGGUGUCUUCUGUGCUCCUCAGGAAACUUGGUACUGGCAGAGCGACGCUACAUCUGAUGAUAUUGUGAUGAGUGGAGUGAGAUGUUCAGGCACUGAGCUGACUCUGGAUCAGUGCCUGCAUCACGGGAAGCACAUUCAAUGUCCCAAAGGUGGUGGACGCUUUGCUGCUGGGGUGGCCUGUACUCUGACGGCCCCUGACCUGGUCCUGAACGCCCAGGAAGUGGAGCACACCGCCUACCUGGAGGACAGACCUAUGUAUGCCCUGCAGUGUGCCCAGGAGGAGAAGUGCCUGUCCAGCAGUGCCGACAAGGCCGACCAGAACUCUUACCGCCGCCUGCUGCGCUUCUCCUCGCAGAUCCACAACAAUGGCCAGACAGACUUCAGGCCGCGAGCAGGGCAUCAAUCCUGGACUUGGCACGAAUGCCACAGACAUUUCCACAGCAUGGAGGUGUUCACCCACUAUGACUUGAUGAAUGUGAAUGGAACUAAAGUGGCAGAGGGUCACAAAGCCAGCUUCUGUCUGGAGGACACGCGUUGUAAAGAAGGUACAUCCGUUUGUUGUUUCGGCCUUCAUUAAAGGGGAACUGUAGCCCACAAAAUUUCACUCCGAUAUGUUUUACGCGCACCCACGAGUCUAAACACGGCAUUCUGAUUAAUAUCGCAUCUGUGGAAUAUGAAUUAAGCAGCAAAAAUCCACCUAUUGUCAUCCAUCUGAGGGGACGGCCAUU